GUGGAAGCUUUGUUCUUUUGCUCUUUGUAAUAACUCUUGCUACUGCUCACUCUUUGGGUCCACACUGCUUUUAUGAGCUGUAACACUCACCACGAAGGUCUGCAGCUUUACUCCUGAAGCCAGCGAGACCACGAGCCCACCGCCAGGAACGAACAACUCCAGAAGCACCGCCUUAAGAGCUGUAACACUCACCGCGAAGGUCUGCAGCUUCACUCCUGAGCUAGCGAGACCACGAACCCACCAGAAGGAAGAAACUCCAAACACAUCCGAACAUCAGAAGGAACAAACUCCAGAUGCGCCACCUUAAGAGCUGUAACACUCACCACGAGGGUCCGCGGCUUCAUUCUUGAAGUCAGUGAGACCAAGAACCCACCAAUUCCGGACACACUAUGAGACUCUAUGGCUGCCGCUGAUCUGACAGGAGGCAGAACUCAGGCAGUAACGCCAGCGAUAGGGAGUGGCUAAAGGAAGGCAGAAAGGGAAGUCAAAGAGAUUCAAAGCACAAGAAGGAUUUGACGCAUCAUGGCUGGCUUUGAUGAUGGAGGGGCUCUGCCCACUGAUCAGAGAGAGGUCUUUAAAAGCCGAGAGUGGUCCCUGCUGACAGUCAGCGAGGGCACGUGACUGAAGUCCUACAACCACAAGGAACGGAAUUCUGCCAGUCACCUCAAUGAGCUUUCAAUGUCUACUGAGAUUGAUUUUUUACCACUUGAAAAUGAUGGGUGAGUCUAGCGGAAAGGGAUCCACUUCUUGAAUUCAAAUAGACUAGACUGUGAUUUUCAAGUCCCUAAUGAAUUGUUCUAAAAUCGCUGAGUUUUGAGUUGCCAGGAGAACAUUGAAGACAGAGACCAAAGCCCUGAGGGCAGAGAGGAGCUGCAAACCAAGACCUGAAUAUUUGAAAAUACCAUUUAUUAACCUUCAAAUGCAACUGUAGCUGCAGUACCAACACUGCUGGACUGUAAAACAUUUUAUAUUCUCAAGAGGGAGGCAUUCGUGAAACUAAUUCUUUUUACAGAUAAUUUCUGAUGUUAUCCCAAAAGCAAUGCACUUUAAAAAAGGAUCAAAAUCAAAGAAUUUAAACAAAAGGCAAAGAAUUUAAACAAAAAGCACUUUUCACCGCAUUAUUUAAUUAAAUCAUUUGCCAAAAUGAAAUCUGACUUUCUGCUUAUUGGCAAAAUCCUCAUUUAUAACAUUUACAAGAGAUUUUAACUCAAUAAACGAAAUAUGUUAACAGUGCACUGCCCUGCAGUAACGCCCCCCACCCCCACAAACUUUAUCUGGGGUCAGCUGUUGAUGGGAAUAAAAAUAAUAGGCAGAUUCACUUCAGCUUUCAGUCUUUCAUUUGCAACCAAUCUCCAAGCCCCAGAACCUGCGGGCCGUGUCUUUCCACCCUUCAGCGCGGGGCGCACGGAUCUGAAUAUUUAACACCCGGUUUCAGGACACGCGCCUGGGGAACACCCACAAUCCCUCGCGGCCCGCGGAGCCCGGCUGGCGGGUGACCCAGCGUCGCGGCUCCGAGAAAAGCGAGGUCACCCGGCGCUUCCCGAGACCUUGGCCCUAGGCCCAGCUGGCUCUGGGACGCGAGGCAGCCGGGCUGCCGGCCAAUCAGCCCUUUGCAGGACUAGCGCGCAGGGGCCGCACCCCUGAGGGUGACCGGAACCCUUCCCGCGGGAAGGGCAGGGAGCGGCGCCUGGCCGCAGACAGAGAAGGGGGCGCCGGCUCUUCAGAACCCCAGGGAGAAAGCGGUGGAGGGCUAGAGUUGAGAAGAUUAAGGACAUUUGAGGAGGACAGGCAUUCCCAAGUUAAAACCUCCUGAAAGACAACUCCAUAGGGCGACCCGUCUGCGCCGCACAGCCUGACGGGAGCGUCACCGUUCCUGCGCAGGCUGCAAUCGAGAGACGGCCUCGGCUCCGCCCCAGCCGCUGGGCACGCCGGGAGAGCCGAGCGUUCCUCCCUCCCUCUGCUAACCCGGACAGAAAAGGAGCAUUUCCUGCGUAAGACUGUCCCUACGGAAGGGGUGGGGCUAGUUUGGUCCCGCCUUUCAUGCCCAGAGGGGGCGGGGUGAACCGUGACAGCCCUUCUGCCAUCACUAAGGCCGGCUCCUGUGCCGGAAGGAGGAAGGCGUGGGGCGUUCGCCUCUCGGAGCUAGGGAGUGUGUGCGACAUAGCUGCGAGGUCACGUGAUCCACUGCCCGCAGAGAGGGAAAGGGGCGGGGCCCAGAACGAAGAGGAGAGGUGCCCCUCGUUUCCCUGAGGUCACGCGCAGCCGGAAGUGGCGGCUGCUGCGGAGAGUUGGAGAUGGGGACAGCCCUGGACAUCAAGAUUAAAAGAGCGAAUAAAGUUUAUCACGCCGGGCCUCAGAAGGGGAAGUUUACUCCCAGUCCCGUGGACUUCACGAUUACACCUGAAACCUUACAGAACGUCAAAGAGAGAGCUUUCCUUCCCAAAUUUCUCCUUCGAGGACGUCUCAACUCAACAAACUGUGUCAUCACACAGCCGCUUACGGGAGAGCUGGUGGUGGAGAGCUCGGAAGCCGCCAUCAGAAGCGUGGAGCUGCAGCUGGUGCGCGUGGAGACAUGCGGGUGUGCGGAAGGCUAUGCCCGCGACGCCACGGAGAUUCAGAACAUUCAAAUCGCCGACGGGGAUGUGUGCAGGGGCCUCUCUGUCCCCAUCUACAUGGUCUUCCCUAGGCUGUUCACCUGCCCUACACUGGAGACCACCAACUUCAAAGUGGGUAAGUGGCACUCGCCUCCAGCCCUCAUGGGCCCAUGGGAAGGGCCGCUCAGUGCCAGGGCCUGCUGUGGGUCACAUAGCUCAGAGCCUGCCGCCCUUCGGUCCCUCAGUGCCAGGGCCUGCCACAGGCCAUACAGCUCAGAGCCUGCCGCCCUUCGGUCCCUCAGUGCCAGGGCCUGCCACAGGCCAUACAGCUCAGAGCCUGCCGCCCUUCGGUCCCUCAGUGCCAGGGCCUGCCACAGGCCAUACAGCUCAGAGCCUGCCGCCCUUCGGUCCCUCAGUGCCAGGGCCUGCCACAGGCCAUACAGCUCAGAGCCUGCUGCCCUUCGGCUGCUCAACAAAACCUUGUUAAGGAGCUGCUGUGCCGCACAGGGGACACACCCACAGGCAGGCCUGGUGCUUGUGGAACUUCCACCGUCACAUGGGUAAACACACAGACCCAUAUCAGUGUAGACAUGGGCAGGUGACGCUGAGCUCCGUGAAGAAAACUCACGUGAGUGAGCACCACGUGAGCAGGGGGUGGUGUGGAUACUGAGAAAGUGGCUCUGUGUGAAGGUCCAGGACCCGUGAAAACCCCAGAGUGAGCUCUCAGCAGCAGGAAGGCCUUGGGCCCCACGGCCUAGAUGCCUCUAGUGAGUUUCCAUGAACCUGUGUGUUCAUAUUUUAACCAUGGGAUCUGAAUCAGGUCACAGACACCCGUUUAUAUUCUGCCUUUUUCCCUUAACAUUGUAUCAUGAACAUUUCAUGUUUUUAACUCUUCCUAUAAAUAUUGUAAAGGUACCUCCAUCUUAAUAAGAAUCAUGUUAAUUGGGAGAUCACUCCACACUAUGAAGAAGUAGAACAGAGAGACCCAGUAGGAAGGGACCAAGCCUUCUCAGUAGCAGGGGACAGUGAUUCCGAGAGGCUCGGGGACCUCUAGGUUGGAAGUGAGGAGUGAGCACUGCAUCCGCAUCAAGAGCAGCACCUCUGUGUGUUCCCCUCCAGCUCUGUGCAGGUGACCUCAAAUGCACGGCCAGGCCCAAGACUGGACUCACUCGGACUGUAAGCAGCGCCUGGGUGUCAUGGCAGCUCCAGUGCAGCUGUUUGCCUGCUGUAAAGCCCCCGCCAGCUCCCUAUCAUGCCUGCUGGGCAUCCCUCUCUGUCCACUCCAGCCACACCCUCCACCCUUCUGGGGGGCACAAGAGGGGUGGAGAACCCAUUGAAGGGAGUGGUGCAGGACGUGCCCAGAGGGCUCUAAUGUAGUGACAGUAAAGUGAGGAAGGACAGGCCAGGCACUGCUGGUGGCUGACCCUUCUCGUGGCUGAUGUUCAGGCAGAGGUGGACACUCCCACAUGGGGAUGUUGUCCUGCAGACCCCAGCCACAGGUGGGCACUGACUCCAAGGCCCCUUCCACAGCGGAGCCGCCACAGUGUGGGGCUCGGCAGGGCUCAGUGUCUGCCCACACGGUGCCCUUCCCACCCCUCGUCACACUGGGGAAGGACAUGGUGCUUAUUUGUUGUAAGGUGCUGCUUCUUCACACACACCCCUUUUGUUAUGAUCAACAAGGCUCACCCAUAGCAGCUGAAGAGUCGGUGGAGAAGGAAUCCUGUUUGCUGAAAGGUGAUGGAUGAAUAGUAUCCAAUGGAGCAACAAUGAAAUUGUUGCUUCUGAAGACUGUUUCUCACCUGGGGAUUGGGGACAUGGGCCCAGACAGCUAUGGGCUGGUUCACGGUCUGCUAUUUCAUUAAGAACCGUAGGAAAUGUAAAAAUAAGGCAAAGGAAUACAAAUGAAUUGAAAGGGUUCUAGAAUAUCCUUUUUAGGAAAGCAAAGAGACAGGGAAAGUGUAGUUGGUGAAGCCUGAUCACUCAUGUUCCAAGAUGAGAGGACAAAAAUUCACUUAGAGAAAGUUGACAGAGGUAGUCAGACAUCAGCAUAGUCAUCUCCACUGGUUUGGCUGAAAGGUCGGGGUGGCGCUGAGGGGACAGCAAUGAAACCCACCUGCACCAGGUGCCCCUUCGCCAUUAGAGCUUACUGCGACUGCAGUGGUGGUGGUGUGUGGUUUCACUGCUUGGUAACAGUGAGCAUAAACCCACCCUCUCUUCUCUUCUUAGAAUUUGAGGUUAACAUCGUGGUGCUUCUUCACCCUGACCACCUCAUCACGGAGAAUUUCCCGCUGAAGCUCUGCAGGAUAUAGCCCGGAGGAGGGAAGCACAGAAAACGGGAGUGGCCAUCUGGAAAUCCAGCUGGUUAUACAAAUCCUAAGGGGAGCUACAGCCAGUGGCAUAUACUUGUUUUUGUGAUUAUUCUGUAUCAGAAAUGAAACAGACCCUCAAAUUAACUUUCCUUCCUCAUUUCUUGAGGCUUCUGCUUCCAACGGGCACCUCUAAUCAGACCUUUUCUUUGAAAUUCAACAAGAUUUCUUAAUGCUAUUUGCCAAGACCAUUUCACAGAAAACAUUGACUGUGGCUCCUGCCUUACCUGUUCCUUUUUAGGUACAGUAAAACAACUGUGACAGCAGUUUGAGCUUACUGGAGAGUGGGAUCCUGGGCACAAAAGGAAACCUCUCUGACUCCCCAUAGCAAAGGGUCUGUGGCCAGUUGACAUCCGUGAUGGCUGCAGGCACACUCAAUGGUCAGCAAGUUUGCAGUCACUCGCCAAGGCAGAGCGCAAAGUGCUAGCCACUGGAAAUGCAUGACUUCCCUCCACCCCUACUCUAUUCUGUAGUUUUUUGGUUUUGUUUUUGAGACGGAGUCUCACUCUGUCGCCCAGGCUGGAGUGCAGUGGCGUGAUCUCAGCUCACUGCAACCUCCACCUCCCAAGUUCAAGCGACUCUCCUGCCUCAGCCUCCUGAGUAGUUGGAAUUACAGGUGACUGCCACCGCGCCCAGCUAAUUUUUGUAUUUUUAGUAGAGACGGGGUUUCACCGUUUUGGCCAGGCUGGUCUUGAACUCCUGACCUCGCGAUCCCCCCGCCUUGGCCUCCCAAAGUGCUGGGAUUACAGGUGUGAGCCACCACACCCAGCCUCUAGUUCUUUUUACAUUUUUCAUUAUAACUUUAAAAUUUUUAAGCAACUGGAAAAGUGUUCCUUGAUCUCAUGGGAUUUGGCUGCUGCUGAAGUGUUUCUGAAGUCUCAAGAACUGCCAUAAAAUCUCACGCUGCCAUUUUCCUGAACAUAUACAUACAUAGAGAGAGAGAGAGAGAGAGAGUUUUCCAAACUCAGACGCCCAGGCUGAGCGCACUGGCAGGAUCACAGCUCAUGGCAGCCUCAACCUCCCUGGCUGAAGCGAUCCCUCCCCUCAGCCUCCUGAGUAGCUGAGACUACAGGUGAGUGCCACCACACUCAGCUAAUUUUUAAAUUCUUUGUAGACAGGGUCUCCCUAUGUUGCCCAGGCUGGUCUUGAACUCCUAGACUCAAGUGAUCCUCCUGUCUUGGCCUCCCAAAGUGCUGAGAUUACAGGUGUGAGCCACUGUGCCCAGCAGUUUCCCAGAAUAUAUUUAAAUGCAAAGUUACAUGAGGGGAAAACAUGUAUGUUUGCUUCUGUUGUUACUGGGUAGGUUCUGAACGGCAGAGACUCACGUGCAGGGCGGGCUGGUGAAGGCCUCUCUUUGCAAAGUGGUAGCAGGAAAAGGUCCUUGACUUGAUGAACUUGGUCUGCCUCUGAGCCACUGGAGGAAGCUGUUUUGAGCCAGGGUUUUUUGGCCUGAAGCCAGCAUUUCCUCAGUCUCCCUUUGUGGUUCGAAGGAUAUGGACUAUUGCAAUACAUUUCUUCCUUCAAAUCCUGCCACUGUUUUGUUGGCCCACAAAUAGGACCUCAAAGUAAGCCAUGCUGCUUUGCACACACACUAGCCACCUUUUGUACUUUUCAUUCUGGAUGGGCUUGGCAAAAACAGGCUGAGGCCAAAGGCCUCCCAAGCUGUAUGUACUUCCAUUAUCCUGAAACAGUGUUUGGUGACAUAAUGCCAAGGGUAAACAAGCCUGAUUUAGGCACUGCUUUAUCCAGGGGCUUCACCCGUGAAAUUAAUACAACUUAUCUGAGUCACUUGAAACUUGGUUCCCAGAAAAUACAUUUCUGGUUUAUAAUCUCCUUUUAUGCUCACCUGACAUUAUUAAUUAUCCCUGACGAUGUGUUUAAACUGAGUAGCAGAAAACAGAGGCCACACUUUCUGGGAAAUUUUAAAGGAAGAAACCAUUUUUAAUGAGAUAAAAAUAUUUAAUGAAUUUAAAAAGCUAAUGACAAUUUUGAGAAAAGGUUUGGGAUGUAUAUUGCUAUGUAAUUUAAUAAACUGAUUUUAUGGAUAUAAA